ACGUGACCACAACCAAUCCACCUGGCAACCAAACUUCGUUCAUCCCCACUCUCCCUCUCUCUCUCACACACGCACACAGAGGGGAAUGCGCAGAAGGCAGAACUAAUGAAUGCGACGCUUUCACGAGAACGUGUUCGUUCACAGUGAUCAAAUGAAAUCUUUUUCUCUAAUCUUCAUAGACUAAUUCGACUCAAUUCAAUCUAUUUCUCACCAAAUCAUUAGUCGAUCGCGAAUUACUGAGAAAUUUCGCUCUGAUUAUGGUGAAGAAAGGGGUGCCUGACUGGCUCAACAGCUCCCUUUGGUCUACACCUAAUCCACCGCCAUCGCCGCCGCCCAACGACGCCGUGAAGCCAUCAUCUGUCCCAGUGGUUGAGCCACCGCCGCCAGUGCCCCCGCCGGAGCCUCCGGCUGCUUCUUCUGUUCACGCUACUGGUGCUGCGAAGACGGAAAUCAGGGAUCCGCUCAGUGGCACUUACGGUAGUAAUAGUAGUGUUUCUCACAGCGAUGAGGAAAAUGGAAGCUCCUCGACGUCGGCCAACUCUACAGCGUCAGGUGGCGGCGCGGCUGCGGCUGUGGCGCCAGCCCCGGCGCCUCCUGCUGCUGAAGUUAUUUCUAGGCAGACUCAGCUUCUACAAGAGCUGUCAAGGAAGGUUAUAAUUAUGGGAGAACUGAGGAGGUUAGCUUCAGAAGGCAUACCUGAUGGAGCUGGAAUUCGCUCAAUUGUGUGGAAGCUAUUAUUGGGGUAUCUGCCUCCUGAUCGCUCUCUUUGGCCUUCAGAGUUGGCCAAGAAAAGGUCUCAGUAUAAACAUUUCAAAGAGGAGUUAUUAAUCAAUCCUUCAGAGAUAACGAGGAGGCUGGAAAAAUCAAGUCUUGACAAAAAUGAACCGGAUGGCAGCCCUGGUUUCCUCUCAAGAUCGGAGAUAACUCAUGGAGAGCACCCCUUAAGUCUUGGACAAAGCAGCAUAUGGAAUCAAUUCUUUCAGGACGCUGAAAUCUUGGAACAAAUUGACAGAGAUGUCAAACGUACUCAUCCAGGCAUACAUUUUUUCUCUGGGGACUCAGCUUUUGCUAAAUCCAACCAAGAGGCUUUAAGGAAUAUAUUAAUUGUAUUCGCAAAACUGAAUCCUGGAAUAAGAUAUGUGCAAGGGAUGAAUGAACUCUUGGCGCCUUUAUACUACGUGUUCAAAAAUGAUCCCAAUGAGGAAUAUGCGGCUUCUGCUGAGGCAGAUACUUUCUUCUGUUUCGUGGAGUUGUUAAGCGGAUUUCGGGACAAUUUUGUUCAACAACUUGAUAAUAGUGUUGUGGGGAUUCGUUCCACCAUUACAAGAUUAUCACAGCUUUUAAAGGAGCAUGAUGAAGAACUAUGGCGUCAUCUUGAGAUGACAACAAAAGUCAAUCCCCAAUUUUAUGCCUUUCGGUGGAUAACACUCCUUCUGACCCAAGAGUUCAAUUUUCCUGACAGUCUCUUAAUAUGGGACACGCUUCUGAGUGACCCUGAAGGUCCUCAGGAAACACUACUCCGAGUUUGUUGUGCAAUGCUGAUUAUUGUGCGCAAGCGUUUGCUUGCCGGUGACUUCACAUCUAAUCUAAAGUUGCUCCAAAACUACCCAUCAACAAACAUCAGCCAUCUCCUCUAUGUUGCCAGCAAGCUGCGAGUUCACCAUGCAGGCUGAAAUAGACCCUUUUACUUGGCAUACUGAGCUGUGUGUCAUCAUGUGUCGGUUUUAGAACUCCAUUUAUUGUUAUCUUGCCUGAUAUUCUUGUAAGAAAGUUUAGGGUGUAAAUGUCAUUUGAUUUGGUCUCGUAAAGAUGUUUUUUUCUUAGUAUUUUCUUCUAUUUCUUAGUGCCACCAGCAACAAAGAAAAUGUCUGUGCAAGUUCUGGGUCUUGAUAGCUUAACUAAGAAAGAGAUUUUGUUAGUAUCUUUCAUCUCAAAUUAGUAUUGCAGUUGUGAUUUUGUAGAUUUUCUUUUUCUUCGUAUUCAUUGUACCCCUGUGUAAUGUGUCAUUUCUUGGCUGGUCAAAUUUAUGUGAACAGGAUUUACUCAUGUAGUUGAUGUUUAACUUUGUUGGGUUCUUCUUGUUA